UGACUGGGCAUCCUACACCUUGGGUGUGUUCAUCUGUCUGAGCUGCUCUGGGAUUCACCGGAAUAUCCCCCAGGUCAGCAAAGUGAAGUCAGUCCGUCUGGACGCCUGGGAUGAAGCCCAAGUGGAGUUCAUGGCAUCCCACGGGAAUGAGGCCGCCAGAGCCGCAUUUGAGUCAAAAGUACCCCCCUUCUACUACCGGCCCACAUUUUCCGACUGCCAACUGCUACAGGAGCAGUGGGUUCGUGCCAAAUACGAGAGGCAGGAGUUCCUCCACCCUGAGAAACAGGAGCCGUACUCUGCAGGGUACCGUGAGGGUAUUCUCUGGAAGCGUGGCCGGGACAAUGGGCAGUUCUUAAGCCGGAAGUUUGUGCUGACGGAACGAGAAGGGGCCCUGAAGUACUUCAACAAAAAUGAUGCCAAGGAGCCCAAAGCCAUCAUGAAGAUCGAACAUCUGAAUGCCACCUUCCAACCAGCCAAGAUUGGCCACCCCCAUGGCCUGCAAGUCACCUACCUGAAGGACAACAGCACCCGCAACAUCUUCAUCUACCAUGAGGACGGGAAGGAGAUCGUGGACUGGUUCAAUGCGCUGCGAGCUGCCCGCUUCCACUACCUGCAGGUGGCCUUCCCAGGAGCCAGUGAUGCAGAUCUGGUGCCCAAGCUCUCCAGGAACUACCUGAAGGAAGGCUAUAUGGAGAAGACAGGGCCCAAGCAAACAGAAGGCUUCCGGAAGCGCUGGUUCACCAUGGAUGACCGGAGGCUCAUGUACUUCAAAGACCCCCUGGAUGCCUUUGCCCGCGGAGAAGUCUUCAUAGGCAGCAAGGAGAGUGGUUACACUGUGCUGGAAGGACUCCCGCCAUCUACCCAAGGCCACCACUGGCCCCACGGAAUCACCAUUGUCACCCCUGACCGCAAGUUCCUGUUCACCUGUGAGACAGAGUCAGACCAGAGUGAGUGGAUUGCAGCUUUCCAGAAGGUGGUGGACAGGCCCAUGCUGCCUCAGGAGUAUGCAGUGGAAGCCCACUUCAAGCAUAAACCCUAAGCAAGAGAGCCCAGAGGCCCCAGGACACUGCACUCAAGUGGCUGGCCAGGCAUUGCUGGACAGUGGGGGAGCCCAGCCUCCUGGCCCACAUCCUCCUCCUUGGUGUAGCCCAGACAUGGCCAGGUGGGGCCCAGGUUUCGGCUCAGCCUGUUGAAUGAACUUCUCUUCAGAACCUCAUGGCAGGCGGAGUUGGCCCUGGGCCUGACUGACCCUGGCCCUGCCAUGCUGCGCCUAGUGAUGUCCGGCUGACUGGCCCAUCUUCCUGUCGCUGGACACCCACCAAGGGCCCGGCUGGGUCUCCUAACUCCAGCGGCCCUUACUAACUCUCCUGGCCCAAGAGAUCUGUCUCAGGGCAGGACCCGGUGCUGGGCUGCCGUGGACAGCCAUUGUCAGCUGUGGACAGCCGUGGCAGCGGGCUGGCCUGGCUGCUGGGGACUCACUCUGGGACGUGCCGCAUGCCUCCCUUCCCCUUCCCAACCUCAAGUAUUUAUUGAGCACCUGCUGUGUGUCAGUCAGGGAUUAAGGGUCGGGGAUCAGCUUUCCUCCUUCCACUAGGGCUGACCAGGCUGGGGCCACUGGGGGCAAUUUUCCAGAACAGUGUGUGCUUGGGAUCCCCCAGUAUUCCUAGGACAGCUGGCUUGGGCAGCAGGGAGGGAGCCUGCUGGGCACUGUGCAUGGAGCCCAGCAGCUGUUCCCUUGGGAACCAGGGUGGCCCCCAUCUGCUUAUGGGCAUCUGUGCCCAGCUCGGUGCUCGUCCCCGCCCUGUGACCCAUGCCCUCUGGCCCUGUCCUUGCAGUCCUUGAGCCCUUGAGGGAUGAUAGCCCAAACCAAGAAGUGGCCAUGGGCAGGAGUGACUGCUUGCUGCUGGCAGGCCAGUAGUUAAAAGCCACCUGUAAUUUAUUUCCUCUGCUGCUCCCUGGUCACCCCAACAGCUAGGCUCCCUUCCAUGGGAACCCCUGCAGGGCAGGUCCUGGCCGCUGGACAGCUGGGCGGAGCACUGGUGGGGGACACAUCUGUGGGUGAUCCGGGAAGACUUGGCCCUUUUCAUCCAAGCUGUGUUUCAGGAAGCUGGGGGAGGGUUCCUGAGGUGGGCGUCCGUUGCCCUGUGUCAUGUCCCCUGGAAUAAAGUAUGGCUCUGGCGUGGUC